CUCGUCUGGCUGACCAAUGAGCUGGCAGAGCACUGAAGGAGUGGGCGGGAGCGUGCCAAACGCAAACAUGGCGGCGUCCUUAGAUGAUGAUUUUGAGUUUAAUAAUCAGGACUACUACUCUCUACUCAACGUCAGGAAAGAGGCUACAUUGGAAGAGUUAAAGGCAUCAUAUCGGAGGCUGUGUAUGCUCUACCAUCCUGACAAACAUCGAGACCCAGAGCUGAAAAGCCAGGCCGAACAGCUCUUCAACCAGGUGCACCAGGCAUAUGAAGUGCUGAGUGAUGCUCACUCCAGAGCCAUCUAUGACAUCUUUGGAAAGAAAGGGCUGGAGGUGGAAGGCUGGGAGGUGGUGGAGAGGAAGAGAACUCCAGCAGAAAUCCGAGAGGAAUACGAAAGGCUGCAGAGAGAAAGAGAAGAGAGGAGACUGCAGCAAAGAACUAACCCCAAGGGAACCAUCAGCGUGGGUGUGGAUGCAACAGACCUGUUUGACCGCUAUGAUGAGGACUUUGAAGAGAUGCCAGGAGGAGGGUUUCCUCAUAUUGAAAUCAACAAGAUGCACAUUUCCCAGUCCAUAGAGGCUCCGUUGACGAACUCUGACACAGCAGUGCUCUCUGGUUCGCUAUCUACACACAAUGGGAACGGAGGGGGCAACAUUAACAUGACCGUACGAAGGGUUACGUCAGCCAAAGGCUGGGGAGAGGUGGAAUUUGGUGCAGGAGACAUACUUGGACCUCUAAUUGGGUUAAAGGUGUUUCGCAACCUCACUCAACGGUGUUUCUUGACAGCCCAGUGCGGCUUGCAGUUCUCCCCUCGAGGUUUGCGGCCAAGCUGUUCUCUGAUGACGGCACGCCACCUGGAUCAGAACACCAUGGGUUAUCUGCAGUGGCGCUGGGGACCCAACAGCGCCAUGACCACCAGCCUGGUCCGCGACACAAAGAGCAGCCACUUUACUCUAGCUCUGCAGCUGGGUGUGCCUCACUCCUACCUGAUGAUGAGCUACCAGUACAAGUUCCAGGAUGAGGACCAGACCAAAGUUAAAGGCUCUGUGAAGACGGGCUGGUUUGGUACUGUGGUGGAAUACGGAGCAGAGAGGAAGAUCAGCCGACACAGUGUCCUGUCAGCCACUGUCAGCAUCGGGGUCCCUCAGGGAGUCACGCUCAAAAUCAAGUUGGCACGUGCCAGUCAAACGUACCUGUUUCCAGUCCACCUAACAGAUCAGCUUCUACCCAGUGCGGUCUUCUAUGCCACCGUGGGACCCCUUCUGGUCUACAUGGUCGUCCACAGACUGAUUAUCAUCCCAUAUACGCAAGCACAGAAAGAGCAAGAGCUGGAGCUGCAGAGGAAGAGCUCAGCCACAGACAUCGCCAAGAAGAAGCAGGAGGCAGAGUCUGCCGUUCUGCUGAUGCAGGAGUCUGUGAGGAGAAUCAUAGAAGCGGAAGAAUCCAAGAUGGGCCUGAUCAUCCUGAAUGCCUGGUAUGGAAAGUUUGUGUCGGACACCAGCCAGAAGCAGGAGAAAGCAAAGGUCAUCGACGUCACUGUGCCUCUGCAGUGCCUGGUCAAGGACUCCAAACUCAUCCUCACCGAGUCCUCUAAGGCAGGGUUGCCGGGAUUCUACGACCCCUGUGUAGGAGAGGAGAAGAGUCUCAAAUUACUGUACCAAUUCAGAGGCGUCAUGCACCAAGUGAUCUCUGCAGACGCCGAGUCGCUAAGGAUACCCAAGCAAUCUCACAGAAUUGAUUCUGAGUCCUAGGAGCCCACCACCGUUGGGAGCACAAGAGGGCAAAUGCAGAUAAAAACAGACUUUGUGUACACAAAAGAACAAAUGGAGGAGACACAUCAACAAUUAGUCUGUUUCUCUCCCUCUGGUCCUCUCCUGUCAUGAUAUUAGUGAGUCUGUUCAUCGAGUUCCUCCACUCCUCCCUUUCCUGUGGGCCGACAGAAUACAGGAGUCGGCUCAGUUUCUACAAGGCUGUUACCCUUUGUGUCUCUUAGUCUGCUACAGCUGACAGGGCUGCUCAAAUUAUCUGCCUGCUGCAAGAGAUCAGACAUUGGCCCUGAAAAUAGUUUUAUAUAUGCACUACUACAGAGGAACAUGGUGAAAGUGCACAGAUAAAUUUAAACAUGUUUCUUGGCAUGUGUUAAGUCAAGUAUAUACAAAUGAGCUGUGUUGUAGUUUUAUCACAUAUCACUGUAGUCUUCAGUGUGUGUGUGUGUGUGUGUGUGUGUGUGUGUGUCACCCUGGUAGUUUGAAUCGAAUAAUGUCAUAACAUACCAGUCAUGUCACCAACUCGUGCAAAUAUUUAGUAUCACUGCAGGAUCGUGUCUCAGUGACUCUGAGGCAGGCCAGGACUAAGGAGUGAUUGUGUUACUUGUAUUUUUGUUGAAAUUUCUCAUCCUUAUUUAUUAUGCCUUUUAGUGACAUGUCUGCUGCUCAUGAGGGUGCCAGUCAGCAGGGGUAAAAUGGUGCUGAAACUUACAUCUGUGACGGUUGAUGGGGGGGGGGGGUUGCGAUAGGCCGAUAGAGAUGCCCUUUGAUGGUUCCGAUCCAACCAGUGAGACAGGCUUGAAGUCUUCAUACAGAUUUUUUAAUAUCUCAGGCUAGACUGCAAUUUAAAGGCAGAAAUUCCACUUAGACUUGAGUUAAUUGAUUAUAUCUGUGCAGUUGCAGCCAAAACAGAAUUUCUUAGUAUGAUUUUUAAUACACUGAAGGUUAUAGUUUGUAUUUUACUAAGAAUUUAUGGCUGGGUUGCGACCAGUUGGUCAACUCUUAAAGUCAUGAAGGCUCAGCGCAGUGAUGUUGACAUUUGGAAAUCUAGUAUCCUAUGUUGUACUAGAAGUACAGUAAAUUUUUAAUAUCAAAUGCACAUUACAACUGUGAACCCAACAUUUAAUCAAGACUUUAUUCUAUGUUCUAAACUGUUUAUGUGUUAGUAGUUGUUAAAAGUGGAUUUCCACUGGAACCACAAAGGGAAACAUGAAAGAGCGAGAGUUAGUAAGUUACUCCUCAUUUUGUUGGGGGGAUCCCUGAAAACACUAUUAAACUGUAGCAUACAAAUGGCAUUUUAUUAAAUACAAAAGUAAUAUUUUGCACACAAGGCAUUUACAAGACAUAUUAGAGGCUUGUCAUGAAAGUGGUGCUGAAGCCUGUAACUGAAGCUGUACGCUUUUACUGAACUCCAGAGUUUGCAUUGAAGAAGUGCUGACCAGUCAGGUUGGCUUUAUAUACACGGUGCCCUACUUUGAUUCAUUUUAAGUUUUCCAUUGUUGUGAUAGGCCUGUCUUGCUUUGGGGUCACUAUUACAGCAGCCAUUUUUCACUGAUCAUGUUUGUAGAAUUUGUCUUACUUUUUUUUUGUUUUACAAGUGUUCUGUAAAGUAUUUUGACAGGUCAGCUGGUCACCUCUGCUCUAGUGCCACCAUGAGGCCAGCACAAAGACUGCUAAUCCCGUCAUAGUAUGUAAAUGUACUGCUUCGGUUGAGGAGCCUGUGUUCCCUGUAAAGAGUACAAUAAAUAUGAACAGAUCA